AUGACUUCCGACGCAAAACCAACUCAUGUAACUUAUACGCGCCUUGGCAAUUCUGGGCUGAAGAUCUCGAACCCUGUUCUCGGUGCCAUGUCUUUUGGUAAUUCCAACUGGGCGGGACCAUGGAUCCUAGGCGAGGAUGAAGCUCUUCCAAUUCUGAAAGCCGCAUAUGAUAAUGGCAUCAACACCUGGGACACGGCGAAUGUUUACGGUUAUGGUGACUCGGAGAGGAUCAUUGCGAAGGCUAUUAAGAACUUUAAAAUUCCACGAGAGAGAUUGGUCAUUAUGACUAAGUGCAAUGGAACAGUAGGAGACCCUGGUACUAGUAUGAUGGAUAUGCUCAAGAUUCCAAACAUUCCAUACACGAAGGAAUAUGUAAACCAGCAAGGGCUCUCUCGAAAAGCUAUCUUCUCUGCCGUAGACGCGUCAUUAAAGCGUCUUGAAACAGAUUACAUCGACCUCCUCCAGAUCCACCGUUGCGAUAGCAACACGCCCUUUGAAGAAACCAUGGAAGCCCUUCACGACCUCGUGAAAAGCGGCAAAGUUCGCUAUAUCGGUGCAUCCUCCAUGUGGACCUGGCAAUUCAGCGAAUACCAACAUAUUGCCGCCAUCAACAAGUGGACGAAAUUCAUCUCCAUGCAAAACCACUAUAGCCUCCUCUACCGUGAAGAAGAGCGAGAAAUGAUACCCUACUGCAAGGCCACCGGGGUUGGUAUUAUCCCCUGGUCACCCCUCGCUCGCGGCCAUCUUGCACGACCUGCUGGAACCGGAGGAAAGAGUGUGCGGGGUGGAAUGGAAGAGAAUAGAUCGAAAUCAGCUUCAAAGGGGCUGUACACCAUAGGUGCAACGGAGACGGAUGCAAAGAUCAUAGGGAGGGUCGAAGAAAUUGCAAAGAAGAGAGGGUGGAGCAUGGCUACAGUAGCAUUGGCGUGGAUCAAUGGAAAGGUCACAGCACCGAUCAUAGGGAUGGGGAGCGUGGAGAGGGUUUUAGAAGGAUUAGAGGUGGGUUCGAAGUUGUUAGAUGAGGAGGAGGUCAAGUAUUUAGAGGAACUGUACGAACCUUUACCAGUUAUGGGACACACCUAA